UUGAACCAGAAAAAUAAAUGUUAUUGGCCAAAUCGAUUUGUUUUUCGGACCAAACCUAAAAAGCUCCGGGUCGGGUAAGAAAAAGCAAACUCAAACGCGGGUUGUUGUUCUUCCUCCUCUCUCUCUCUCUCUCUCUCGGCGGCGCCUUCUCUCUCCCAAACUCGCAGGUUUGUGUCGAUCUCGAAGCUCAGAGAGAUUCCAAUGACCUAAUUGUCUCAGUUCUCGUCAAAAAAAACCUCCAAAUUUCUCAGAGAUUCUAUCCACUCGUCGUCUACUAGUUACGUCAAAACCCCUAAUUUCGUGGGGCCUUUUGCUUUGCACACUCUCUGAAUCGAAACAAAGGCGUCUUCUGAAAAUUAGGGUUUCUAAUUUGAGCUGUAUCUGUCGGAAGAAGUGAGGAAAGGCAUCAAUCGAGAACAAUCAAGGCGUGAAAUUAGGGUUUUUGUAUGGCUUCAGAGCCUGUUAACGGAGAAGGAACCGAUGGAGCUAGAGAGAAGCAAAAGAUUAAAGUUUACACGAGGAAAGGUAAAGGUCAGAGGAAACUGUCUCCGUUCUUUGCCUUUGACGGUGAUAGCCGCGAGAAACCAGAGGGGGAUUCAGAAAACAAUCGUCAGAGUCUAGCUCAAGAGUCUCAGAAGAGUCCUGUGUCCAGUGUGGCUAAAGACUCAGCUGAAGCACCUUCUGAGAAGGUGAUUGACAAGCCUCUUAUGGAAGCAUUGACUGAAGCUGAACCUCAGGAUGAUACUAGUUUGAGUUUGGCUCCUACUGAUAAGAGCGUUAUUCAACCUGUAUCUGAUCCUUUGAAUCAGGAAGAUGCGAACGCUUUUACUGGAGACAAGUCUGUGGAAGUACCUUCUCAAAGCAAUACAGCUCAAGAUGAUGUCAAUACAGUGGUUGUUGAUGAGAACUCUAUCAAGGAACUUCCUAAAAUGAUUGUUGACAAGAAGGCUAUUGAAGCAUCUGCGGAAGAUGCGGAUACUGUUGUUGUUGUUGACAAGAAUCCCAUUGAAGUGUCUUCUGAUGAAGAUGUCCACGUGGUGGAUGCAGAUAACCUAAUAAAAGAAUCUCAAAGAGAUGCCCAACAGCCAGCAGGGGUUGCAUCUGAUUCUGCUCAGAGCAUCCACGCUACUGCUUCUGAAAGCAUGCCAACGGAGGAGGACGUAGAUGGACGCAUAAAGAUACAUGUACCCUCCAAGUCGAAGCAAGAGAAAGAGGAGAUUAGGAAGAAGCUUGAAGAUCAGCUUAACGUGGUCAGAGAUCUGGUAAAGAAGAUAGAGGACAAAGAGGGGGAGAUUGGUGCGUGUAAUGACUCUCGCCUUUUGGCUAGCGCUGAUAUUAAUAACGGAGGAGGAAGGAUUCUUCCAGGGUUGGCAUCUGAUGGACUCCCUCGUGAGGUCAUCAGAACACCAAGGCAUUUAAAUCAGCUAAGUGUAUCAGUGUUGGAGAAUGCUCAUGGAGUCAGUGAGCAUGUGGAGAAAGAGAAGAGAACACCCAAGGCAAAUCAGUUCUAUAGAACUUCAGAGUUUUUACUUGGUGACAAGCUGCCACCCGCAGAGAGUAACAAGAAAUCAAAAUCGAGCGCAAAGAAGCACGGAGGGGAGGCUGGGCAUGGUUUUACUGCAGGCUCUAAAGUUUUCAAGAACUGCAGUGCUCUACUAGAGAGGCUGAUGAAGCAUAAGCAUGGUUGGGUGUUCAAUGCUCCUGUAGAUGUGAAGGGUCUUGGUCUGCAUGACUACUUCGCCAUUAUCGAACACCCUAUGGACUUGGGAACGGUCAAGUCUGCGUUGGCAAAUAAUCUGUACAAGUCGCCAAGAGAAUUCGCAGAGGAUGUUAGACUUACUUUCCACAAUGCCAUGACGUACAACCCACCAGGACAAGAUGUCCAUAUAAUGGCGGAAGUGCUGUUACAGAUGUUUGAGGAGAGGUGGGCUGUCAUAGAGGCAGAUUAUAAUCGUCAGCUGAGAUUUGCCUCUGGUUAUGAGAUGAAUCUUCCUGCUUCUACAAUGAGGUCUAGAUUGGGUCCUACAAUGCCGCCACCGCCUAUCAGUGUGAGUAAUACAAUGGACUGGAGUGGUCUCCCUUCUGACUUGCAGCAUCCGAAACCAACGACAACGCCUGGCAGAACUCCGACCAGCGCAAGGACCCCUGCUCUGAAGAAGCCAAAGGCAAACGAACCGAAUAAAAGAGAUAUGACGUAUGAAGAGAAGCAGAAACUUAGUGGCCAGUUGCAGAAUCUGCCUCCAGAGAAACUAGAUGCGAUUGUGCAAAUUGUUAACAAGAGGAACACUGCUGUGAAGCUAAGGGAUGAAGAGAUUGAAGUCGACAUUGAUAGCGUUGAUCCGGAGACCCUGUGGGAGCUGGACAGAUUUGUAACCAACUACAAAAAGGGAUUGAGCAAGAAAAAGAGAAGAGCUGAGCUAGCCAUUCAAGCUAAAGCAGAAGCCGAGAGAAAUAGCCAACAACAAAUGGCUCCUGCACCGGUGGCACAUGAGUUUUCUAGGGAGGGUGGCAACACAGCUAAAAAGACGCUCCCUACACAAGUACCUUCUCAAGUGGAGAAGCAAAACAAUGAGACGAGCAGAUCAAGUAGUUCAAGCAGUUCUUCCAGUAGUUCCAGCUCUUCUAGUGAUUCGGACAGCGAUAGCUCUUCGUCAUCUGGAUCAUGAUCCGACCUACAGACUAAGGCUUUGUGGUGGUGAAAAAUAUGUAAGGCAGUUUAAAAAGAUGGAAGGUAGCUCUAGAAGAGCAUUUGGGAGGCUAAGGAUCAUGAUGUGACGUACAGGCCUGAGGCAGAAAUAUUACAUAAGGGUUGGGUUUGAUGGAGGAAAAAUUGUAUUAUAUUCAUAUGACUGUUAGAGUAAAAAGAAAAAAAAUCUAUUCUUAAAUUUUUCUCUCUUUUAGAAUUGGUAGGAUUAUGUAGCUGUGGUUGUCUACGUUUUAGAUGUAACGGUAGGGUUGGCUUGGUUUGUCUCCGCACUUUUGUAUAUCUCUCUGCCUCUGGUCUUUAGCGGCUUUAGUUGGUCGACUGUUAGAGCUUUUGAAACAGCAAAAAAGCAUCACAACAGAUUAUGGAUUCUUGAUGACUUGUGUGUAUUGUAAGGUUGUGAGUUUGUGACCCUUUUGUAA